CGGGAGUUUUGAUCAGGACAUCCCUAGGCAUCUUCACACCGAUCACCACGUCCAUGGUCGCUGCCAUAGCAUUGGAGAGGCGCGGGGUCGCUCUGGAUGUACUACUGCCCAUCGCAAUCAUCCGCUACACUAACAGCGGGCCACUCUCCUUGAUCAGAUUCGCCCUCUCUCCGUCGACGCUGGGAGGCUUUUAUACUUGCUUAGUCUCAUUCCUUUUUCUCCUUACCCUUGCAGCACAGUACUCUUCAACCCUACUCACAUACGAGCUCGGACCCACCGCGGUCAUGAACUUCACUCGGUCAGCGAUGGUCUCAUUCCGUCCAGACCGUAGCUUUACCCCUUCAAGCAUUUCUCUGGCAGGAUAUACAGACUACUACAUACGCCGUCCGGAUUCCUUCAGCAUUUUCGCCGAGUACAGCGAGCCACCGCAAUCGGUCGCCGACGAUAUCGACGACACGGGCCUCACGAUUCGAGCUCUGCUUCCGAUCAAGGAGAAGACGGACCGGGAGCGGAUAAGGCUGUUUCGCGGCACCGCGAAGAUGAUAGACGCACGCGUCACGUGCGUCCGUCCAGGGAUAGCGGGGCUUCGCAUAUGCGGAGUCCCGCUCGUGAAGACGGCCGGAUAUGAGCUUUGCGGGACGCUUCGGGGGAUGGACAUCCCCCACAAGCUCUGGACGCAGCUGGCUGGCCCCGGCCCGGGCCCUGAACUCGAGGAUAUGGACUUCCGGUGUAAGGCAGACAACAAUAUUUAUGGAUGGUCGCUGUGUCGAACGACGGGAUCAUAUUUCUACUCGUUCCUAAGUGGCGGCGUGUCCAGGGUUGUGGAGGAUUCAAAGCUUACUGCUCUUGCCAUGACAUAUCUGGUUCUUGAUAUAGGAGCCAUCUACUGGCAGCUAAGGUCUCUCAAUUCAGAUCCCCAAAUCACGAAUCUCACGCAAGACGGCGCCUUGGUCGAGUACCCUAGCUGGGGAGAAGGCCCAUGGACCAUUCAGCGAUGGCGCUGGACCCCCUUCAAUGACAGCUUGCCCUCGCCAGAGCUGCAGUUCAACGCAACAUGGUGUGCUCACGUUGCGCCCGAUGAGGAUGUUGGAUACCUCAACAUCACGGCCUCGGUCGAAGACCACAUGCAGGAACCUACGUUCAGCCUGGAUGUUCAGAGCAACCGAUUUGAUACCAGACCCAUCAGAGAACAACUUGGCGCGGCAGGAGUGGGCUCAAAGCCCCGACACAUACUCGGCAUGUCCAGAGAGGCACUAGAAGCCAGCAUGGCGGACAUUCGAUUGCGCCCCCUUGCCUCUAGCCACCCCGCAUUGGGCGACAGCUUCCUGAAUGACCAAAUUGCGCUGCGAUACGGCGAGAAUUCGAUUCUGUUGGGCCCAUUGAACGUGGGAAGCCUCCCAAACGAGGCCCAGGAAGACAACGCCCAGACGACCGACAUGCUCCUGGCUGCUAUCUUCUUAGAUACCCUGAACGACACGAAAAGCCCCGCCCGGGCAAUCCAGGCCUUUCGCAUGACACAGUACCGCAUCAUCUACCAGGACUCACUCGUGGGAUACGACCAAAAUCUGGCCCAGAUCGAGAUCGACGAGGAAGCCGAGGUGCUCGCGCCGGCCGGCAAGACGGGCUACAUCGCCGUCAUGGCCAUCAUCGCCGCGCACCUGGCCAUCUUCUUCCUCGUCCUCUGGCUGUUCCGCGCCCAGUCGCAGUCCAGCAUCCUCGAGCAGGCCUGGUCGUCCGUCGGCCAGGUCGCCACGCACCCGGACGCGCAGCAGGUCCUGAUCGCGGCUAGCACCGGCAAGACCGACGACGAGGUUGCGCAGUGGAUCGCGUUACACAAGGGAGGAGGAGGACCAGAAGCCGGCGGCCUGGCACCACCAACAUCACGACUCCGCUUCUGGCGGCGGCGGGGGCGCGCGGCGGUGAUGAGUCUUGCGGGCAGUGUAAGGCAGAUUCUGACUGGUGGUGGUCGGGCAGAGGUCGGUGGGCCAGCUCCUGUUGUGCGAUAUCAGAUUCGGGACGGAGGAGUUGUUUCGAAGGUCGUCAAGAAUGCCUGAAUUAAGCUUUGCUUUUGUACAAUCCUUGCCCCUGUACUGUAUGAAGGCUUUCAGUUUUCUUGGACGGGGCCGGGGGUUUUUGGGGCUUUGACUAUGUCGUCUUUGUUUUGUGCAUCGGACGGAAAUUGGUCCUUGUUGAAACUGGGGCCUGGGAGUCGUGGUUUCGCGAGUUUCAUUUGUGACAAGAUACCCCCCCACGUAUUCAUCAGUUAAGAUGCCUCUUACCUGCUGCCUCAAUGGCUAAUCCAACGCGUCAGGCUAUGAACUUGGCGAGUGCAAGUUGACAAGACUAAAUCGGAUGGGCCUCUGACAAAUAUGGGGUUUUCAAAUUCCAGCUGUGUCCAGACCGCGGGCUUGCACUGGUUGGGCCAGGUUCAUCCUUCGUUGGCAAUUACCUCAUUCAGAGUAAGUCCAUCAUCAGUUCCAUAUAGGACAAGUUUACGCAAAACAGAUUCGAACCUCUUCUUAUCGAACGUGG